CCGGGCUGGGAGGAACAGGUUGAGACGUUUACAAACUGCGAAAUCAUUCAACAUCAUUACAACGCGGUUACACUACAAAACACAAACUGGAAGGGCUGAGUGCAGCGUGGGUGCCCAGGGAUAGGCCGCCUGAGGCUGGGGAGCAGAGUGGCCGGUCCCCCCCGGUUAUGAACCACACCGAGGGAGGCCUGGUCAUCUUCAGCGCCAACUCACACCCCUCCUCCAGGGAGAUCAGCAAGAGGAUAGGAGAGCGUCUGGGGGUGGAGCUUGGGAAGGUGCAGGUGUACCAGGAAGACAACAGAGAAACGCGUGUGCAGAUCCAGGAGUCGGUUCGAGGCAAAGAUGUCUUCAUCAUCCAGACAGUGUCUAAGGAUGUGAACACUACCAUCAUGGAGUUGUUGAUCAUGGCACACAGCUGUACGUCCUUCUGUCUCUCUGUCCGUCUGUCUGUCUGUCCGUCCUUCUGUCUCUCUGUCCGUCUGUCUGUACGUCCUUCUGUCUCUCUGUCCGUCUGUCUGUCUGACCGUCUCUCUCUCUCUCUCUCUCUGUCUGUCUGUGUGUGUGUAGGUCUGACCCAUCUCAUCACUAUGGAUCUUCAUCAGAAGGAGAUUCAGGGCUUCUUCAACAUCCCAGUAGACAACCUGAGAGCUUCUCCCUUCCUACUGCAGUACAUACAGGAGGAGAUUCCUGACUAUAGAAACGCAGUGAUAGUGGCCAAAUCUCCAGCCUCAGCCAAAAGGGCCCAGUCGUUUGCAGAGCGUUUGCGUCUUGGUAUUGCAGUGAUCCAUGGAGAGGCCCAGGAUGCAGAGUCAGACCUGGUGGAUGGAAGACACUCCCCUCCUACUGUCAAGAUACCACGUAACACACACACUCCCCCUCCUACUGUCCAGAUACCACUGUUGAUCCCUAAAGAGAAGCCUCCCAUCACAGUGGUAGGAGACGUAGGAGGACGCAUCGCCAUCAUAGUGGAUGACAUCAUCGAUGACGUGGACAGUUUCGUGGCGGCCGCGCAGACGUUGAAGAAGCACGGAGCGUACAAGAUAUUCGUCAUGGCGACGCACGGCAUCCUCUCCUCCGAUGCACCGAAACUCAUAGAGGAAUCUGCCAUCGACAAGGUGGUGGUAACCAACACUAUUCCUCAUGAGCAUCAGAAGCUGCAGUGUGUUAAGAUCCAGACGGUGGACAUCAGCCUGAUCCUCUCUGAAGCCAUCAGACGAAUCUACAACGGAGAGAGCAUGUCCUACCUGUUCAGACACAUCGGACUGGAGGACUGAACACACACACACACACACACACACACACACACACACACACACACACACACACACACACACACAAUAAUAACAUAAUGUUACAAUAAUAAUGUUACAAGCUUUUGAAUUUAUUGUUUUUUCUGCUCUGAAUUCAAAAUAAAAGUAUCAGAAAUGGAAA